AUGUCUGAAAGACAAACUAUGAGAGCGGCUGUCUUCCGGGGUGUCGGCAAGAUCGGCCUGGAAGAUCGACCAAGACCUCAAAUACAAGAUGACGGUGACGUAAUCUUGAAAGUAACCGCCGCUGCGCUGUGCGGCAGUGACUUGCAUUGGUAUCGGGGACAUCAAAAUAUUCCCACUGGUUUCAUCCCUGGUCAUGAAUUUGUUGGAAGUGUCCACGAGGUUGGUCGAGCAGCGAAGGGGUUCAAGCUUGGGGAUGUGGCUGUGGCCACCUUCUCGACGCAGUGUGGUGACUGCUUCUAUUGUCAUAGACGUGAAACCAGCCGGUGCGCUAAAAGCGUUUUGUUUGGAAACAGUGCAGGAACCACAAGCAUCGAUGGUGGACAAGCCGAAUAUGUUCGCGUGCCUCAAGCAAACUCAUCACUGAUCCACGCGCCAUCAUCUAUCCCACCCAAUCUGCUUGUUCUCAUGGCAGAUAUAUUCCCCACGGGAUAUUUCUGUGCCUCUCGUUUUCUAAAAACCUUGUCAGAAGAAGAAGCCAGAUCAAGUGUCACGGCCGUUGUUGGGUGCGGCCCAGUUGGUAUCUGCGCUAUUGCAACUGCGUUGACACGAUGUGAUACCGUCUUUGCCAUCGACAUGGUCCCAGAGCGCCUUGCAGAAGCAGAACGUCUCGGUGCGAAGCCGCUUCUGCGGAAUGAAGACCCGGGUGCGGCUAUCAAGGCUGCCACCGAUGGACGCGGUGCUGAUAUUGUACUAGAGGUGGUGGGAACACUUGAUGCUAUGCGGCUCUGUGUGGAUAUUGUGCGUCCGUUCGGUAGUAUCAGCAGCGUUGGCGUGCAGACGGAGACAGUCGCCCUCGAGGGGCCAGUGCUAUAUGGUAAAAAUGUGACUAUCGCAUGGGGGCGGUGUCCCGUUCGUGGGAUCUUCGAAGAGGCUCUUCAGACACUGUGUAAGGUGCAAGACAAAGUGUCUUUCUUAUGUGACUGGUCCAUGAAGCUUGAGGAGGCUGAGGAGGCGUAUCGGCUGUUCAACGAUCGGAAAGUCCACAAAGUUCUCUUGAGGCCAUAG